GUUUGCUCAAAUCCCUUCGACAACUAAGGAGAAACGAGCCAACAAGCCCAGGAACAGCCUACUUGGAAUCUGCACCAAAAGAGCAUAUUGUUCUCUGUCAACCGAGCAUCCCAAAACUUUAUCGACGACAAGCGAUCAAGGCCUGCCUGGCCCACCCACAGUCUCCUCGAUCUUAGCAAGAAACCUGCCUCAGAUCUCCGCCGAAACCGACCAGUCCAGUCCAUUCAUGCCGUGAACUUUUCCCCAAACAAAACUCACUUUCGUCGUCGCGCGCAGCUUCUGGCUCGAUGCUACGAAGCCACGGUCAAGAAUUUAUCAAGCGAUUAGAGGCACGGUCGAGUGAAUGCAACCUUUAAACCCUUUCCUCGCCGCCUUCUCCAAGAGCUCGCUCCUCUCUCAAUGCAGUCCAACAGCCCACUACGUUGUCCUCGUACCGACCACUGAUGUGCUCCUCACCUCUCGUGACAUCGAGAGCGGCAGCUCCGUGUCCGAUGCUGUGGCCACCGAAGAGUUCUUGGGGAGCCAUGUCCUCCGCAUACCGAGCGGCAAAGCCGCGCUGGGCCCCUCGGGAGCCAAAGAGGCAGCGCCGAACCUGCGCGAGAUGAGGGGCAAGGCAAGACAGUAUAAUACUGUCAAUGGAAGGAGUGUGGUGAUUAAGGACAACAUGAUAUACACAAACAAAGGCUUCAAAUCACUUGCUCAUGCGACACUUUUGGGCGAUGUGAUAUGGUACUCUAAUACCCUCGAGCACCAGUCCUGGCUUGUGUAUUACAUUUCCCAGCCGCUUGUUGGGUCUUGGGAAGAGGUAAAGAUCAUUCCCGCCAUCGUACCGGGCAGCACAGGGGAAACUGGGGUCGCGCCGUCAUCCGAGGCAGGAGAAAGCGCUGCUGGCCCGCGCAAGAAGGAUAUCAAGACGUUCCAAGCGCUUUUGCAGCAUUUCCCGAUAAUAGCUAGGCAAAUGCAGCCUGGGCUGGAAAAGUUGCUCCAGGAAUUUACGGUCGCAUUCGAUCGCCCGUUACCACCACCGCCAUCGUCACAUGAGAUACCUGACCCUAUACCCGAUGGGCCAAUCACGGCAGCUAUUAAGAGAGCUAGGUCCUAUAGUGCGACGCUGAACAAACCUGCGGUUCCUUCGAAUGGUUUGGGUGGCUCCUCACAUUCAGGCGUGUUUCCAGAUGAUAACGAUUAUCAAGACGAUGAGGAUGUCAUGAGAGCAUCCCUAGAAACGGCAGUCACCUCAGCUAUCGAUAUAUUUCAGGCCGUCGACAAGUCGCAACUCUCUCUGCUAGGGGCUACGACUGAUUUGACAGGUCCAGUCGUGGAAAGGCUCAUUGAAAGAUACGUGGCUGAGAGUGUCCAUUACAGUCUAUGGAUGAAACUCUACGCUCUCAAGCGGCAUGAAGAGCUUGAACUUGAGGCCAAAAUCCGUCAGAUGACCUGUAUCGAUAUUUCACAACUAGGGUUGCCUAUCGAAGGCGGCUGCAGGGGUAAGCAUGAACUCACAAAGAGGCUCGAGCAGGCUGUCACAGAGUUUCGGAACAUGCAAGACGGCGAAAGCCCUCAGGCCAUGAUGGAUGCGCUUUUAGCGACUGUCAAGGCCAUUACUCAAGUUGCAAAUGCUGGGACUAGUGCACCGGAAAAGACCAUCCUUACCAUGAACGCCGAUACCCUAGUAUCGCUGCUUCUGUUUGUCGUUAUUCGGUCGCGGGUGAGGAUGCUCCAUACACGACUUACGUACAUACGUCACUUCAUUUUCAUCGAUGAUGUUGAAAAUGGAGAGAUGGGGUAUGCUGUCAGCACAUUCGAGGCGGUACUUGCCUACCUCGAUCGAGAUUCGGCGGUUCUUGUGCGCUCCAGCCAUCGUAACAGUGCCCUCUGGAAGGCUGUCGGGAAAGGCGAUGUUGACGAGCUGCGGAAAAUCAUGGAGCCGAAUAUUGUUCCUCCAGAGUUUGAGGAGGCAAUCGUUUCAACGGCUUCCAGUCGCCGGGCUUCGAAUGUUAGUUUCACAUUCAGCAACGGAACAUCGGAAGGGUCUUCCAAAGCCCUGAGCAUGUCUGAGAGAUUCUCCUGCGGAUCUAGUCUCAGUCACGUUUUCCCAUUUCACCAUGGGGAUGAACAGUCUGUCGAUGAAACUUUCAACUUACCGCCGAAAAGAAUGAAAAAGGUUACCAUGGACACUAGAAGUAUGUCCAGUGGCUCUGAAAUGUCCUUUCGAUCCCGCGCCACGAGCAUUGGCACGUUAGGUAGCGUGUUUGAGGCGGAUACGUCCAUUGAAACUCUCACACAGACCCAGAACUCGCGUGGGGAGUCUGUUCUUAUGAUGGCCGUGCAGCAGAAGCAACCAGAGUCGCUCAAGUACCUUUUGUCACUAACCGAGUUCUACCCCAUUCAAUUUUUGUUGGAGGACUGUGAUAAUGAGGAUACCACCCUUUUGAGCGCCGCCGUGCAGCUGGGUCACGCAGAGCUUGUCACAACAAUCAUAAAGUUCUUGACAGACUCAAUGGUGGAGGAGCCGGAUCUGCGGGCAUACUUUGCGAUGCAAGAUAGCCGGGGAAGAAGCGUCGCGCAUUACAUGUUCAAUGCGCCAUUUCUUCUCCCUGGAUAUGGGGUCAUGAUGCCCUGGUGGCAGAAGGACAAGAACGGCCAGACGCCGCUCUUCGCUUUAUGUCGAUCUUACGAUCACCCGGCAUACUACGACAUGGUCAACAGUGCGUUAGAUAUCGCCACCAUCUGCCAAGGAGAUGGACAGCCGCUGCACCUAGACCAGCACAUGGACGCAAAAGGCAACACGCUGUUACACAUCGUCCAUAACGCGCAGCUCGCACUGCGAAUAUUGCAGACAUGUGACGUGAAUGUAAAUGCCACCAACGAGAAAAAGUUUACUCCGCUUAUGGUUGCCAGCAAGUAUGGCCGCUUUGAGCUGGUGCGCGUCUUCUUCAGUGACCCGCGAGUCGACCACGCAGCCAAAGAGCUCCGUGGGCUCACGGCGGUCGAGCUAGCAAAGGAUGACGAUGUGAGGAACAAGAUUGAUGACCUCACAUUAUUUGCCGUGCCCAGUGGGCCAGACUUGCGCACAACUGCGGUAGUUCGAGCAUAUUUCGUCGAGGAUGCGACGAUACGGUUUGUCCUCAAGUCUGGCGCCCCAGUUGAUAAACACAGCUACGCCGUGACGACAUGUCGACGCUCGCUUUCCGACUUUGAGCUCCUGGCUCAGCUACUCGCAAUGGAGAACCCGGCGUCCUGGAUCCCGUCAAUCAACAGUCUACGUACACCCUUCCAGAUCCCAUCCAAACCCAGCAGGGCCGUUCUAAAGGACCUGCAGAUUCGCAUGGAUUGGUUCUUGCGAAUGAUGCUCACGCACUCGACUUUUGGUACGCACGAGAUGCUGUGGGAAUUCUUCCUCGUGCCGGACCUGCAGUCGGAUAUGAUGGAACAACGUAGCAGGCUCAAGGCAGAGACUAGAGCUGAGAAGGUCAGGGAAGAGUUGGAGCCGCUAGAUGAUGUUCGUGAGGUUUCGCAAUUCGUUGAUCAUGCCCUUGAGAUGGUUCGCAGCGUCAGCCACUCUACCAAAAGUGUGGCGAGGCGGGCCACCGUCGUGGGCAAUGUGACAUCUGAUCUACACACUGCUUCCCUGUUGCUCCACGGUGCUAUAACCACCCUUGUCUUCCUACCUAAAGCGCACAUUCAGGCUUUUGAGAUAUACGUGCAGGCUCUGGCGCAGCCUACUUUUAGUCCACAGGCCGUUUUUCACACGGCCUUCCUGGCUGUGCACAAUUCGAUCGAGGCGAUACUCGGGGCACUGGCCCGCCCGCACAGGUUGAUCAGUCAGAUCGAUGCCACACGCCGCCAGGCAGAACGCAACUACAGCUCACUCAGCCGAUCAACCAGGUGGCCACUCGGCCUUUUGGACGACACAAGGCAAAGGCUAAACGAGGAGCGUGAAGAGAAACUGCGGCAGAGUCAGCAGGAAGGGAAGAACUUGUCCAAGGAGCUGCGGUACAGCCAGCAGGUGGUGGCCGGUGAGCUAGCGGGCUGGCAGGAGAUGCACGAGAAGAUCGGGCGCAGGGCAAUCAAGGACCUAGCCAAAAGCAUGGUCGUCCUGGAGCGGACGCGUAUGGACGGUUUCAGGAGGGCUUUGAGGAUCCUGCAAGCGGAUGAAGAUGGGAAGCGAUCUCACUUUCCGCGAUACGGUACCGAGAAUUCCCACCCUAGUCAAACUGUUGCGGGCUCGCAGGACAGUGGCGUUGGGUUUGCGCCGCCAGGACAAUAAAAAAUGUGGGCAGAGGCCAGAGCGGUGGCGACGAUGAUUAGCAGCCUUGCAGCCUCCAGGGAACCUACAGAAAACCCGGUGGCGGGCUGAGAUGUGGACACGCUUGGAUAUAAACAAAUAGAGCGCGGUUUACCAGACGCGUUGAAGGACAUGACUGACCAUAGAUGCAGGCCAUAUGAGAGUUACAGGCUCCCUUGUAUGAAAUGCGGCUUUUACUGUACGGAGUACCGUAUGUCGUAAUUGUUUUAUUUUUUUAUUUUUCCUUUUUUUUUUCGUCUUUCCCCCUUUGCGACCUGGUUUCAGGAGGGGUUUCUUUUACUUUCCUUUUCUUUUCUUCUUAUUGCCUGGGAUUAUGAUGCGGGGGACACAGACUGGGCAAUGAAUCGUAC